CCGAGGGCGGCCGCACCGGCGGCGAACUCCAACACUUCUUCAUUGGAAGAAACGGGGAGGCAGGUGUGGGCGUCUUGUCGCCAACAGAUGCGCCGAGCGAUCGCUGACAACAUAACGAAUGGGGUGUCGUGGAUGCGUGUGGGGAGCGAUGCCGAUGCGAACGACACUUGGAGGGCGAGUGGUGAAGAAUCUUCAGAUUCCCAUUGCGAGGAGGAACCGGAAGAUGCGGAAGACUUGGAGAUUUGACCCGUUGGUGUGCGUGGUGGACGAAGGGGUGGAUGCGGACGUCAACAGAGGCGGUCGAGGGUCGAAGGGGCCUGUGGGCGAGAAGGGCGGCAAACAUCCACCUUGGAGUGUUGAAGAGAUGAUCAAGCUCGCUCGAGCGAAGUGGAACAAGCAAGCUUAUUUCGAAGGAAUGCCACACAACUACGAUCGCAUCGGCAACAGGGAAUGGGAGUUGCAGGACCUGCAGAAGCGUCUGGUGGAGGUGGGCGUGAAGAGGACGACGGACGACAUCGGCAAGAAGUGGGAUAACCUCUUCCAACAGUAUAAGAAGGUGCAACGACACCAAAACGCGUCCGGGGGGGGGAACUUAUUCAUCUUGACGCCUGUGUUGAGAACAGAAGAGGGAUUCAGGUUCCGAAUGGAUCAGCGAGUGUACCUUGAGAUCGACAACAUGUCUCAAGGCAAUAAGACCAUCUACCCGGAUAACCUCGCCAACACGAGCGUCCGGGGAGGAGUGCAGAUGUCGGGGGAUACUCAACGUCAUCCAUCCGUUGCAGGCGAAUCUUGUGUCGGGGAAGAUGUGGGUGAUGGCAACGACGAAGAUGGAGGGUUGGCGAGGGAGUCCGGGUUUAGUGCAGGCAGCACAGGCGGCGCUGGCAAGAGAAAGAACAUGCGCCGACAAACUUUUGAAGCCAUCGCCAAAGUGAUGGAGAAGCACGGUGCAUUGAUGGCGGACACUGUAGAGGGGGCAAGCAAGCGACAGUGUAGCAUCCUAGAGCGGCGAGAAUAUUGGAGGGUCGAAGAGGCGGGGAGGAAAGAGGAGAGGAGGGAUGAGAUUCCGCGGGCAGACUGCGAGGACGACGACUCUCUGAACUUGAGGAAGAAACGAACGCGUCAAGAGGAAGAGUUGGAGGCGAAAUCCAAGCUCUGGGUAGACGAGAAGACGUUCUGGGGAAGCGGACCUGGUUGCAUGAUUGCAGACGCCGUGCAUGACUGCGCGAACUAUUAUUGUGCAAUCGUGAACGGUGAUGCAGGCGCCACCGCUCCACAUGGCGUCAUCAUGCCAGGCCCUGAUGUUCUGCACGUGCGAAUCGUAGAUCUUGCGCCACGAGAGCCAACUCUGCGACGGGCGAGACGGACGGAAAACGUCGCUAUGCGCGUCAUCCAUGGGUGGAUAUUCAGGUCGUCUUCAAGGUCCGAUGGUUUCGCCCGCGCCAAAUCGUAUGUCGCCGUCGAUUACCCCACCGAUAUGGUGAAAGUAGUUAGGCAGAGCAUGGAGUGGUCGAGGGUAGUGUCGGCUAGUGUCGUCUACCACACGCUCGCUCUAAAGAUGGACAUUCCAUUGUGGUAUCCGUGGGCAUAUAUCGAGGAUAGGCCCCUUGACGACGACAUGGCAGCCCAUCAGGAGUCCACGGUGAUGCAUUUGGCGUCAUGCUUUCACGAUGCGCUCCGAGCUGGGCAGUGGUCCGAUGACGGGAAAAUGUCCCAGUCAAGACUUAGAAGAGUCACAAACGCUUUCCGCCUGCUUCUCGCCUUGUGCAUGUGGGUCAUGCGCAUGGGGGGCGACGAUGCACACUCCUAUGAGGAGGCGUCGUACUACGCACAGUUCGUGGCGAAGCCCACGAUUGUGGCGGCUGGUUCGCGGUCCUUCAACUGGCGCAGGCAUGUUCUCAAGUCCGCGAAUGCCGUAUUGACUCGCCUCGGGAAGCCGCCCUUGACGAUGGUGCAUGCACUGCUAAGUGAAGGCCAUGUGAUUAAUGGCACCUUUUCGGGGAUGACACGAAAAGAGGGGAUGCAUUUUCUCAAUUUCUUUCAUUGGUUGGUUGAUCGGUUGAUUGAUUGAUUGAUUGAUUGGUUGAUUGGUUGAUUGGUUGAUUGGUUGAUUGAUUUAUCGUUUGGUCGGUUAGUCGGCCGAUCAAUUGAUCCAUUUAAUGAUUUAUCGGUUGGUCGGCUAAUCGCUUCAUCGAUUCAUCGAUUGAUUCAUUGUUCGAUUUAUUCGUGGUUGAAUUAAGUGGCCUAGGAAAUGCGCAUGGAUAGACAAAAAGGUGCUUCUUUUGUUGCUGCAUGAACUGGAUGACACAAAAAAUCUGCAUCGAACGAUUAACACAACAAAAGAACUCAUAGAUGACACGAAAGCGCAUUCAAGGACGCAAAUAUGAAAAAACUGCCACAACAAAUACGACACAGCCGU